CAUUGUGGGGAGCCAUUAUCCUCGUCCGCGCUAAGCAUCGUGCCAUAUUCCCAUUUGCGCCCUAAUACUAACAACAUUCUCGUAGUUUUAAGUGAAAUAUUAUGAGAGUGAAGACCGAAAUGGACGACGACGAAAAGGGAAAGUUGUUUGUUGGUGGUUUGUCCUGGGAGACAACACAAGAAAAUCUUCAACGCUACUUUGGCCGUUAUGGCGAAGUAAUUGACUGCGUUGUUAUGAAAAACAGUGAAUCCGGUCGUAGCCGGGGUUUUGGAUUUGUAACAUUUAGUGAUCCUGCUAAUGUCCCUUUGGUUCUUCAAAAUGGACCACAUCAGCUUGAUGGGCGUACUAUUGACCCAAAACCCUGUAAUCCACGUACUCAGCAGAAGCCAAAACGUAGUGGAGGCUUCCCAAAAGUUUUCCUUGGUGGAUUACCAAGUAACGUGACGGAGACUGACUUGAGGUCCUUCUUUACUCGCUUUGGCAAGGUUAUGGAAGUUGUCAUAAUGUAUGACCAAGAAAAAAAGAAAUCCAGAGGAUUUGGCUUCCUCAGCUUCGAGGAUGAAGAUGCCGUGGAACGAUGUGUAGCCGAGCAUUUCGUCAACUUGAAUGGAAAACAGGUUGAAAUCAAGCGUGCAGAACCACGUGAUUCUGCUAGCAAAAUGAACGAUAGUCAUCAGGGACAGUGGGGUCCACCGCAACCAGGCGGACCUCCAAUGGGAAUGGCCGGGAAUAUGGGACCUAUGGGUGGUCCCAAUGGACAAAUGGGGGGACCUAUGAUGGGUGGUCCUAUGGGACCACCUGGAAAUAUGAUGCAGCAGUAUCAGAAUUGGGGCACCAGUCCACAGACGGGUGGAUAUGCCGGGUAUACUACUCAGUACAACUCUCAGGGCUGGGGUGCACCUCCAGGACCUCCUCAGCAACAGCAAAUUCCACCACCACCUCAUCAUCAAUGGGGUAGCAGUUACAACGUUCAGCCGGCAGCAGCUACUCAAGGUUACGGCAGUUACGGUGGGCCGGCGGCGGCCGCUUCAGGGGGCUACGGGCCCACGGCGGGUACUGGCGGGGCUGCGGGGGGCGGGCCCGGGGGUUCUUGGAACUCCUGGAACAUGCCACAGAAUGGGCCCCCUCCAGGGACCCAGCCACCACCACAGCCCCCUCAGCCCAACUCCUCGCAGCCCAACUCCAACUCGAACCCCUCUGGCCCGCAGGGUGACAUGUAUUCGCGACAGACCACCGGCUCAGGUGCACCUGGGUCCAGUAGCAGUUCAACUAAGACACCAGAUUAUACUGGGUACUCCGCAUAUGGUAAUUACGCUGAUACCAGUUAUCCUCAGCGUUCAUAUCAGGGAGGAGAGAGCAACCAAGAAUCAGCACCUUCAAGGUUGUACCAUCAGAUGCGGGACACCCUCUUGAAUAGUUAAGCGCAGAAAAAGAGAGAGUGAGAGUGAGAGAAAGAGAGACAGGAAUGUAGUGCGUUCGCAUCCAAUGAAGCAAAACCAACCCUUUUCUACUUCUGCGACCGUGAGUUACACGAACGUAAUCAAAAGAAACACUAAAUAGCCUAGCCGUUUUGUACGAUCGAAACCAUUUUCCGUCGGUCAAGUCGUUUCUUUGAACGCCUUAACGUCAAUUUCUCAGAUCACGCGGCAGUGGGGCGGACGCGCGUUAAUUUUUCCGUUCUCUUCCCUUUUGAAGGCACCGUGAAAAUCCAAUCAUGUGUGGACGCGCGGGAACGUAAAAAAAUCCGAGAGAAUGAAUAACGCGCGUUGUCUGAGAGACCGAUGUUACGGGUUAAGGAUCAAAGACAGACGUUUUUUCAGACUGAGAUUUUAAACGAUUAAGAAACCUCCUCUGCCCCCCACCCCCUCCUCCUGUUUCCACUUUACCACGUUUAGAGAAACACGAUGAUUUACGCGCGACGAAAAUUCUUUGAACACGACGCCCUUUGUCGAGAUAUAUAUUCCCCACUCUAGUAACUCACGCGAUUAGGACCGUUCUCUUAAGUAAGUCAGCCACUAAGAAAAAUUCGGGACCCGAAAGAAACGUUUUUCAAUUAAGUAACUAGUUAACUGUAAAUCGUAAUUACGUAGAGAUAUCGGGGCAGAAGUACAAGACGUAGGAGAAGCGACUGUAACCGAAAGAAAAAAUGGGGUUCGAAAGAUAAUUGGGGCGCAACCGGGUUGGGUGGGAUGAUAUAGCGCGGACCGAGGGGAUGGUAGAGUUUCGGAUAAGAAAGAACCAUAAACGAGCCUUAAAUCGAUACUUUUACUCUUUGUAUAGAAAUCUACUGGUUAAUAUUAGACGGUACGUCCAGAUCAGAGAGAUAACAAAACAUAUUAGAUCGUUAUUAAACGGAUAUUAAUUAAUUAAGGGAUUUAAAGUAAUGGUUAAUUGCCCCGAAUUAAACGAUCGACCGUUUUUCAGGGUUCUAAUACACACAAAUACACGCACGCACGCGGCCGCAAACAGUAUAGAUCUUUCCAUCGAACGGUAUUACGAAUAUAAGUUUCUCACCAUCCUUUUGCAUAUAAAAAUCGCGACGACGAACGCGACUUUCGCGCGACUCUACCAAAAUGGUUUUGUCGAUCGUUUAUCGAGAAUACGAAAAUUGCAAAUGUGACGACAACGAACGACGUGUCUGUUUCUCCUCGAUUUUUGUUUGUUUGUUUGUUUGUUUGUUUGUUUUUUAUCGUAGACACUCGGAAGUCCGUGAACAAUGGGAGUUAUAGAGUAUAUCCGGGAUUUGUAUACAAGCAUUCGCUUGAAGAACUCAAUUAGAAGUCACUUUAUUCUUAUUAGAGACGUAUAUAGUAUAUACAUAUAUUAUAUUAUAAUUGUACACGAUGGAUAGAGAUUCGGGAGAUAUAAGCUAUACAGGGCGUUUCAUUAUUAGUGGUCACGAUUUCAAGGAUGAAUUUAACUCACUGGAAUAUCGAGAAAGAAAACGUUUAUAGAACUAUAGAGAUUGUAUCUAGAUUUAUAUGAUACUUUUUUUUUUCAUUUCUGUGUUACGUCCGUUGAAUGUGUCGCUGAAAUUGUACUCGACGACGCUGAGACACUCUGUAUAAGGAGUCGACGAGUCCUGUAAACGCGCAUGCACCUAAUCUUUACUAUAGAUAACUGUUUGUACUUUAACGUAUAAUAUUUAAUAUUUCGAUGUGCAUCUUAUACAUAUACGUACGUAGAGAAGAAAAGUAUCGCGAUGAGAUUUCGAAGAAAAAUCGGCGAUCACGUAUUUUAAUCAGGGCCGGUUGGUGGUUGGAACGAAUUUUCGAUUAACCAAGUAGUCCACAAUUAAGGGAUUCCUUAAGAUUUUAUUUGCUAAGGCGUUAAUUUUAAAUUAGUUCGACGUAUAAAUGAUCCCGAGCCACGACUGAAUUAAGGGUUUACGAUUAGUUGUUCCGCGAAAGGCUGAGAUCAAUUAUUCACUUUGCUCAUUCCAAGUACAUGUCGAGUCCCGCCACUUCAUGGAAACGGUCCUAAUAAGACUGACGUUCUCGGAUGAAAACGACAAGAAUAUUGAAACCACGGAAAUGUAAGGCAAAUCAUGAAAUAAAUUGUACAGUAUACGUUUGUAAAUCGAUCCUACACAGUAAGUUCUAAUUUUGUAAUUUUAAACGGUACUCUUAGCUUACUUUUAAUUGUUAACACGUACGUUCCGCUGAGUAAAAUACGUCCAACGACCACUGCCCUUCUAAGGAAAACAGAUUCACGCGCAGAAAGAGAGAGAGGAGGAAUCGUUUUUCCGCGUAGGAUCGAACCCUUCGAUCGAACUUCCCCGAUGAACGAUCAACGCGGGGGUUCGCAUAUGGAAAUUAGAUAAAAAAAAAAUUUGAAUCAGUAACGCGUUCGGGAAACGCCUCUGCUUUUUCUCCUGUGAACGAUACAUCGAUUUGGAAAUAUUGUCGUGUCACUUUAGGCUUAGGGUUAUAAAACGCGAAGAGACAAAAUGGGGGAAGGAUAGAGAAGGAAAGAGAGAGAAACUAUUAAAGAUAAAUGAAAAGUGUCAAAGUACUGCUACGAGUUAUCAAACUAUUUACUACUAUUUACGACUAGUACCAUUUAAACGAGGAACUCUACUGUUGUUGUUAUUAUUUUCUAUUGUAAUUAAUUAAUUAAUUAAUUAACGAUCACGGAUUAACGAGUAAUGGCUUUACUGUUCUCGAAGUAAAUGUCUAUGAUCUACAGCUUCUCGAGGCUACAGAGUAGCAAACGCGUUAUCAGCGUAACUUAAGUUUAUAAGGAGAAACGCGUAGCGUUUAAUUAAAUCAACCGACAGUGAGAGAGAAUGAGAUCAGUUUUUUGGGGGGGACAAACAGAGAAAGAAAGAGAAUGAAAGAGUGGGAGAAAGGGUGAGAACGAACGAGAGGCAAUUUAAUUCGGUGUUUUGCAAGAAAAAAAAGGAGAAUGGACAGAGCGAAUGUGUGAACGAAUCGUUUGCGAGGAUGCGAGAGCAACUACGGGUACAACAGCAACAAACAACGGGCUGCAGCUAUAACGGUAACAAAAUAGGAAGACAGACGGGUAGAUAGAUUACUAAACGUAGGAAACAAUUUAAACAGAGAAUUAUUACCAUUUAAUACCGCGUCGAGAAAUAAAACUCCUCGACUAAACUAACUAGGAAAGAAAAAAAAAACGAAACGACGCCGUUUUUAAGGUUAUUAUCGACUACCAUGUUUAUUAUAUUGAAUAAAUAGUUAAAGACUACCUAAUGUUUAACGGUCUAGUUUACUCGACAAGGAAAAUGAAAAGAAUACGGAUUUAAAGACGAAAACUCGUUACCUCCGCCUAAGGAUUAUAGAUUGUACGAAUCGAAGAAUCGUGUAGCCGGUUAAGAAUCCAAAAAGUAAAAACUAAACAAAAUAAGCUAAGUACUGCGAAAUAGAUUUCACGGGUUUAUAGUGGGGGGUGAUUAUAAUAUAUGAUCAAUAAAUACUCGAAAGUACACCGAAAGUGCUACCAGGAAA